AUGAAUUUUCAUCUUCAUUCCUCACAACAACAAGUGAAUAUGGAAACUACUAGAACCCCAUGGAAGACGGUUUUACCCUUACUGCUUCUCACUCUAUUCUCCACAGUCCAGUCGUCAUCCUGUCAUCACAACCAGCCAUCAUCGAGGCAGGUUACGAUGCGAGCAGGUGCACCGUUGAAGGUUGCACUGUUUGCGGACCUGCAUUUUGGAGAAGACGCGUGGACGAAUUGGGGACCGCUUCAAGAUGUAAACUCCAUCAAAGUGAUGAAUAAGGUGCUCCACGAUGAAACUCCAGAUUUUGUGAUAUAUCUGGGAGAUGUUGUUACGGCUAACAAUAUAAUGAUUGGAAAUGCAAGUUUGUAUUGGGAUCAAGCUACCUUGCCAGCAAGAAAUAGGGGAAUACCUUGGGCAAGUGUAUUUGGAAACCAUGACGAUGCUUCGUUUCAGUGGCCAUUACACUGGUUUUCUGCUCCUGGAAUUCCUCCAAUUCACUGUUCUCAAUCCGGUGCUUCAUACUCAGUGGAAGAAUGUAGCUUCAGAGGAACAGGAAGAUUGGAGCUGAUGAAAAAUGAAAUCAAGCACAAUGUAUCAUUUUCUAGAUAUGGUCCAAGAAACCUUUGGCCCAGUGUAUCAAAUUAUGUCCUUCAGGUUUCGGCGCCAGAUGAUCUGCAAUCACCGGUGGCUUUCCUCUACUUCCUUGAUUCCGGUGGUGGUUCUUAUCCAGAAGUCAUAUCUAGUGGCCAGGCAGAAUGGUUUCUGCAGAAAGCUAAAGAAAUUAACUCUGACUCUAGGGUUCCUGAGAUUAUUUUCUGGCAUAUACCAAGUAAGGCCUAUGAGGUUGUGGCUCCCAAGUUUGGCAUACCAAAGCGUUGUGUUGGUUCAAUCAACAAGGAAAAAGUUGCAGCUCAAGAAGCUGAAACGGGGAUCAUGGAUCUUCUUGUGAAAAGGAUCUCUGUCAAGGCAAUAUUUGUUGGACACAACCAUGGAUUGGAUUGGUGCUGCCCAUACAAGAAACUAUGGCUAUGCUAUGCUAGGCACACUGGCUAUGGAGGAUAUGGUGAUUGGCCUAGAGGAGCUCGAAUUUUAGAGAUUACUCACAACCCUUUUUCUCUACGAUCUUGGAUAAGGAUGGAGGAUGGCAAUGUGCACAGUGAAGUUGUCUUGAGCUGA